AUGGUUGUGCUAGCCAUGGUUCAGUUCAUGGCGAAGCCAGGAGAGGCCAUCAGUUGUGGUCAAGUGGAUGCAUCUUUGGCCCCAUGUGUUCCUUACCUCACCAAUGGUGGCACUCCUACAACUGAAUGCUGUAAUGGAGUGAAAAGCAUAAAAGGGACGUCUACAACCCCAGUGGCCAAGCGAACAACAUGCAAUUGCGUUAAGGAUGCUUCUAAUCGCUAUUCCAACUUAAAGGAUGAUGCAGCCCAAGCCCUUCCUGCAAAGUGCAAUGUUCAAAUGGAUAUCCCCAUCUCUCGAAGCACCAACUGUGACGCGAGAGGCCAUCUCUUGUGGUCAAGUGGAUCUUUGGCCCCAUGUGUUCCUUACCUCACUAAUGGUGGCAGUCCUACAACUGACUGCUGUAAUGGAGUCAAAAGCAUAAAAGGGAUGGCUACAACCCCAAUGGCCAAGAGAACAACAUGCAAUUGCGUUAAAGAUGCUACUAAUCGCUAUUCCAACUUGUAG